AUCAGUUACUUUCAGCUAGCUUCAGUUUGCUGUUCGCUUCAGUUCACACUUCACGUGAGAUUUCACUUUUCAGUGAAUUAUUAACUGAUAUUACAGUAAAAUUAAAAUAUCAAAUUUUUUUUGAAUAUUUAUAUUUAUAUCUCAGUGACAAUUAGUUGCGAACACUUUUGAGUACCAAUAGUUGACCAUAUAUUUUCAUCCAGGUUCAAAAAAAUGAAACCACUAGUAAAAUUGUUUGGACUUUUACCUCUACGGCGGUAUUUAGCUACUGUUGCCAAACCAUUAAAUCCUGUACAAGAAGCCGCACUUGAAGAACGCUGUAUUCUAGUUGAUGAAAAUGAUCACGAGUGUGGUAGUGCCAGCAAAAGAGAUUGUCAUCGACUAGUUAACGGUCAUAUUCCUUUGCAUCGAGCAUUCAGUGUUUUCCUUUUCAACACUCGGGAAGAACUUUUGCUGCAGCAACGCUCAUCGACAAAAAUUACAUUCCCUGAUCAUUUCACUAACUCAUGUUGCAGCCAUCCUUUGUAUGAAAUUGAAAAUGAGCGCGAUACAUUAAAUGGUGCCAAAGCUGCAGCCUGUCGACGACUGUCAUUUGAAUUAGGUAUUCCCAAAAACCAAUGUAAACCUGAUGACUUACAAUACAUUACGAGAAUAAGAUACAUGUCGGAAGGCGAUGGAACUUGGGGCGAACACGAAAUUGACUAUAUAUUUCUUAUGCAAAAAGAUGUGACAUUAGACCCUAACCCAGAUGAGGUAAAAACAACCCUAUACGUGCCCAAAACCAAAAUUUUUAAUUUUUUGAACAAUUUAAAGUAUCCCAUUACGCCUUGGUUUAAUUUAAUUGUACAAAAUGAACUGACCAAUUGGUGGGAAAACCUAAAAUCUCUUGAAAAAGUUAUGGACCAUAAAAAUAUUAUUAAUUAUAAGUAAUAUCAUUGGUUAUCAAUAUUUAUAAUCAAUGGUAAUAUACUCACCUAAAACAUAAGAGCUACAUAAUCAAGACAAUUUUAACUAUGUUCUUUAUAUAAAAUAA